AUGAAGCACAUGGGAACUAAGCCGAACCACAUCAUCUAUUUGACUGACACGAUUAUUAGCCAAGCGAUUUGCAGAAAUGAGGCAGCUUACAAUCUGAUUUGUGUUGCUUUCGAGUCACGGCUCUCGCUUUUGUCGCUGCAGCUGCCGGAGGAGAAUGGUGAUGAGUUCAAUUGGAAAUAUGUGCAAGAUAUUGAGCUGCUGCCGCGCGGCACCCGCUGCCAUUUGAUGACCUUCUCGCCAGAUACUUCGCUCGUCGACAACCCAAAGAGUGUGACAAUUUGUGCUGCCGUUGAUUUGUGCGAGCUAAGGAUCUACUACACCGACCUGGCGGGUUCCACCCGUUAUCAGCUUCUGAAGGACCACACAGCCUACAUUAAUGACAUUUCGUGGGUUUGCGGGGGCCGGGCGAUUAGCUCGGUGAGCGACGACUGCACCUGCAAAUUCUGGAAGGUUGAAAAAGACUCGCCUGCAGUGACCUUUACCACAUUCUCCCUAAUCUCAGCUGCUGUGGCCGUUAGGCCCCAUCCCACUGAUCCCGAGAUAGUACUGGUGGCCGAGAAGCAGGGCUUUAUUCACAUAUAUAAUGUGUUGAAUAAUCAAUCGAUGUUUACGGUUAGGACGCCAAAUUAUCCGCUGAUGUCUGUGGAUUGGAGACAUACCCAUCGCUCGCUUAUAGUUGCCAUGGCUGACAGAAAUAUAUUCAUCUAUGAUAUGAACCGACCCCCCAAGCCGGUCAAAAUAGUUCCUGUGCAUGAGGAUAUUGGCCGCAUCGUUCGCCUGGCACCCGACCCCAACCGUCUAAUGUUUGCCAGCGUCGGGAGCCCCAACUCCACAAUGAAGGUCAUGGAGGCUAACUCCACCGAUCCUGUGUUGGACUACGAGCUACAGCAGUUCAGCGGCUUAGAUUUCCAUCAGAAACUGCCGUACAUAGUUGCACCGUGUGAUAGGCGCAUAUUCUUCUGGAAAUUGAACUUGAAGUCGAUUCCCACCAACUUCUAG